CCAGGAUUUAAACUCUAUGAUUUCAGCUUUUAAGAUUUUUCGCAUUGAACCCAUUGUUUUUAAAAUUAUGGGUUCAUUUUUACUAUUUGUUGCAAUUUUAUAGAAAUUUUACACAUAAAUUUGUGCUCUGCGUUAAAAGUACCGAGUUCAGAUGAACCUGGUACCGUGACGGUGAAUCCGCCUUUGCCGCGGAGCUAGGUGGACGCAAGGGGUUCAAUUGAAUCUCAUUUCUCGGAAAAUUAUGCUAGGUAGAAACGGGGAAGAACAAAUACUUUUGGGCAUAUAUAAAUUGUUGAAUUCCAUUGACACAAGGAAGAUUCUAGUGUAGCGGCAAAGAUUGCUCAAAAAAUGUUUUAGGUCACACGUUGUAAUCCCAGUUGUUUCAUUCUUGCAAUUUUUUGAUUCCCCUUGUUAGAGUUCCUGGCUCUGCCGCUGGUUAUUCAAGCUUCGUUAAAAUGUUGACUUAUUGGAGCGAGGGGGACUUGAAAGCUAUCUGUAGUUUAUUAAAAAAAAAAAAUGCAAGUUAGAAUGGGUAUAAAGGCACUCUGUUAGGCCGUUAUUUGCUGCUCCUUAUGUGUUGAACUUAUUUCGAAUUUGAUAUCCUAUGUAUGACAUUUUGCUUUGAUUCUCUUAUACUAUAAUGAAACCCUUCAAAAUAUGCUGCUCUAGACAUAUUCUUACCCUUGAAGCUAUUGCAUAUAUGAGCUAGGAAUUUGACCCCUCAUCCUACCUCUUGGGGGCCGUUUGGUUCAAGGAUUAGGUGGUUUAUUCCGGUACAGAUUAUGGGAUUAAAUUUAUCCCGUGUUUGGUUUAGAGGUAUUAGCUAAAACCAGUAUCAUAUUUAUACCAAAAUCUUAGUAUAACUCAUCCCAUAUAGAAGGUGGAUUCACUAUCCAGGUCAUUAACCAUGAGAGAUCCUGGUUUUGAACCAAAUGACCCCUUAGGAGAGAUUUUUGUAUAAGCUAUUAGCAAUUGCAUCUACAGGAUAGUUAGUGCUUUUGAAGCUCGUUUCCAAGACGAAUUGUGCAUCUCGUCCUGGUUGAGGCAUUGUUUGUGAUACCAUAUACACGUGUUUAUUUGUGGGAUACAAGUAACACUACUAUCACAGUUGGUACAUUUUUGAAGACAUCACAAAAUGUAGGAUACUUUUCCAUAUCCAAAUAUUCAGGGCUCGAGAUGAAGCUAAGCAUACACAUCAGCCUUGGAAAUAUUUUAUAUCCCCACUAAGAUGUGCAUGGUAUAUUUUGAGAAAAUAGCUCCUGAUGGAUUAGUUGUCUAGCUACACCUUUGUUUGCAUGGAGGAAGACAAUUAUGUAGCGUUCAUUACCGGAUUUUUUCAUAUUGAAGUGGACAUAUGCAUACGUGAAGUAUCUUACAACAUAUUGAUGAGCUUACAAUUUGCCUUUAUUAAUGUCAUAAAGCUUUAAAACAUUUAAGUAUAAAAAACAAAAGACAAGAUAUCAUAUGUAUGGUAGUCAGUGCUGUUUAAUGUCAACUAAUACACGAUUUUUCUUAUUCUUUGCAGUGUUGGUUUAUCUGGCUAAUCUCUCAAGUUAACACCCUCCAAUCAGUUCUCUUUUGGUAUUGGUCCCAAAUGCGGUAGAAAGUAUAGAUAAAACUGACUGUGGGGUCCGUUGACAUUUUACUCAGGUUGAAAAGUAAACUAUCUUCCUAGUUCCUACUUUUCGGAGGACCUCAUAGUUCAAAAACCGGAUGUCUUUGUCAUAAGUCAGGGAUCUCAUAGGUCUUGCAUUUGAAGCCUUGCUCUUUGUUAUUUUGAGUUGUCUACCUCUUACUGUGAGCUAUCGAGUUCACACCCUUACUGGAGUGUUUAACUUGGUCGAAAUGGAUAAUCUAUUAGAUGACUUCUCUGGAUAUAUCAUGCAGCUUCCAGACGAUUGUUUGCUCUUGAUUUUUCAACAUCUUGACUGCACAUCUUACCGUGAAUCAUUUGGCUUAACAUGUCGUCGUUGGCUUCAAAUUCAAAAUCAAAAUAGAAGAUCUUUACAGUUCCAAUGCCCUUAUACUAGGCUUAAUAUCUCCUCAUCAUCUCAAAAUAACGCCCAAAUCAGUACCUUCCAGUUAUAUAGGCUUCUGAACCGUUUCCGUAACCUAAAAUCAUUGUCCCUUUCUGGAUGCACCGAGCUUCCAGAUUCAGCUUUGGCUUUGUUGCCACAUCAUGCCUCAAAAUUACAAAGUCUUCGUCUAGACUUUUGUUUUGGGAUAACUGAUAAUGGUCUUUCCUCUGUGGCAUCUGGUUGUUCUUUGUUGGUAAUACUAAGUCUUUACCGGUGUAAUGUUACAGAUUAUGGGUUAGAGGCCUUAUCUAAUUCUUGCCUAGCUUUAGAAGAUCUGAAUAUCUCGUAUUGCUCUGAAAUCUCUGACUAUGGCAUAAGAGCUAUUUCACAAAACUGCCGUCAUCUUAGAGCUAUCAGGAUAUCCUACUGUAGAUAUCUAACCGGUGUUGGCUUUCAAGGAUGUUCUCAAACUCUGACUUAUUUGGAAGCUGAUUCCUGCAGGCUUGAACCUAAAGGAAUAUGGAGUAUCUUAAGCGGAGGCGGUCUUGAAUACUUGAGUAUGUUUAACUUGUCCUGGUCUCAUCGUGUGAAUUGUCUCGGAUUUGCUGCAAAGUUAAGAGUGUUAAAUUUCCGGAUGUGCAGAAUGAUUGGCGAUGAUUGUAUCAUGGCAAUAGCAAAGGAUUGUCCGUUGCUUCAAGAAUGGAACUUAGCAGUAUGUCAUGGGGUUAAAAUAGGAGGUUGGGAAUCUAUUGCAUCACAUUGUCACAACUUGAAAACGCUACAUGUGAAUGGCUGUAGAAAUCUUACUGAUCGAGGAUUGCAAGCUUUGAGAAGUGGAUGCAAGCGUCUUUCAGUUCUUUACAUUACCAGAUGUUCUCAAAUCAGUGUUGUAGCUUUAGAGAUGUUUAAAGUUGCAAGAGGAAAUGUAGAGGUUAAAGAAGAAGAAAUAACGUGUAUUUGCCCUCAUGGUGCCUUCAGGUUUUAAUCGGUAGUUAUAAUCUUCCAAGUGCAUGAAAUUCAGACCAGUUAUGCUCACUGACACAAGCAUCAAGAUGUAUGUGUAUAAUUUCUUACUAUAUGUUUUUUCUCCCAUUAGAAGAAAGUGAUUUUGUUAAUUCAUGUAUAUGCUAUGAAACAGUUACAUUAAUAUUGGUGGAAGCUUGUACUAGAUAUGUGAUUAUCAAUAUAGUUGCUUAUGUUUGUGUC